AUAUGUAAAAUAUUUUUCAUCACUUCUUUGUGGACGAGCAAAAAUUCAACCGGCAACCGUUUAUUUGCAUAAUAUCAUAUUGACGAAUUUUUUUGAUCGAAAUAUUUUAUUCAAAAUAUAUGAACGCAUGCAACCGGUGCAUACAACAUCACUCAAGGUUAUAGCUGAAAAUAAUACAUUUGAAUUGGAUAAUUUACCAUUACGUGGUGAUAUUUUGGUGAAAUGUUUUCAACGUACGAGUACUGCUGAACGUGCGCUAUUUUUCCGUUGCCAAUUUAACACUUGCACGUUUGAUUUAUCAGCUCAUAAUGAAAACACUUAUAAAUUACGAUUUUAUCGCGAAGAAUUGGAUAACAUCUUUAAUGAUUCUGAAGUGAAUUCACAAGCAAUGAUUGAAUUUAUCUUUUUAAUCGAAUUGCCAAAAAGUAGCAGUAAUGGUGGUGAUUGCAUGGAUAGGAUGAUGAUGGUUAUGACUGCUAGUGGCGCUAUUGGUGGCUCUGUUCGAAGAUCGAUCGCGGAGAAUUCUCGAGCAGAUAGCUAUGAAAAUUUCGACAACGAAGAAG